AUGGCUUUGCGAGAUCAAAAACUAACAUCACACAAUCAGAUGGUUGGACAGCGCAUAAGACAUCCACCUUCAACCAAGUUUGACGAAGAUUUUCCAGCUCCUGCUGCUAAGCGGCUCAAAAGAUUGGACAGCAUUGAUGCCUCUAAUAAUGCAGAGAGCGAAUCUGAGGCGCCUCCAAGCCCGAAUGCCCACCGUAGAGAGAUCGCUGAUUCUGACGCCGAUUCAGAUGAGGAGAGUGAGUUCUCCGAAGCACCUAGAAAGACCGACCUAGAGACCGCUCUUCCUCCGGUCAAGACAGACAAAGAAGCAAUUCAAGAAUAUGAGGCUACCCGGGCUGCUGAGACAGCAGAUCUCGGUCUACAAGGCCGACUAGGCCAGCGGAAAUGGAUACAAGGGAAGAGCUCGAUUUAUGUCGACGCUUUCAAUUUGACGUUGGAGACGGUUCUCGAGGAUGAAAGCCACCUGUUCGAUGAAGCGGAGAUGGCUAUGUUCGAAAAUUGGCGGAACUUGAGCUAUGAAGGGCAGUACCUCUACGUUCGACUUUUUCUUCGCAAGACCGCUGCCUGGCACCGCAUCAAUCGGCUUGGCUAUUACAGUGACAUUGCGGACAUGUCCAAAGCUGUACAAGAGCUGCUCGAAUCUAGGAUGUUGCCUGCCGUCGACGCUCGAGCGCAGACGAAUCCUGCCGAGUCUGAACCUCCAAAGGACACCGUGCUGAAAGAUUGUUUUUCCUUUGCUGAUGCGUCUGAGUCAAAUAUCAACACACUUGAAGAGGCAUCGUCUUUACUCUUGCUUGAUGAGCUUAAAGUCAUCGCAAAGGAAGCGAAAGUCCAAGGUAAGAACAAAGCAGAUCUAUUGAAGGCUUUCCGAAGAAUGAGCGGUCGCCAGAGCGGUCUUGGAUGGAAUAGCCUAAAGAGAUCUGACACUGAGGAAAGCAUCAAAUCAGAGCCGAGUGUUCUGGCGGGUACUAAAGCUGGUGAGACGGAGGACUAUGAGAACGGGAAUAUCAACAUUGCAAAUCGAGAUUCCCACUUUGUCACAAAAAUCUUAGCGAGCACUGGACCAUGCAUUCGCCUUUCCUCUGCGCCUUUCAAGCUUUUCGAACGUGUCCAUCUUGUCUACUAUCGGUCUACGGAAUGGUCGGAAAAGUCGCUUACAACAAUCAUCCUAGCCCGAAUAUCCCGCCGCAACUUCCCAGACUACAUCGUUUCCAGAUCCAUUAACAUCUUUCCCACCCGCUCCGAUCUUCUAGAGUUCGAAGCCUCAAUUCGUACGCAAUUUCGGAUUGACUUCAUCCUUGAAUUCAAUGGAACCGUUCGGAAGGAAGGCCUCCAAUCAGUCAAGGACGUCUUCGAAGAAGUCUAUCCCCGCUGGAAGAUCAUCCUCGCGGAGGAACAGCGUAAAGAGGACCGCGUGUAUGAAAGCGGAGAAGGGGCCUACCUACGCCGCUUUUCCCCAGCCUGGGUGUACACUCGUAUCGUCCACAAAGGCGCUUACGUUCUCGGCCGCUUCAAGGAACACGAGCGCGAACACCGUCUGCUCACAGAGCUUCUCGAUCAGCGUCUUUUCCAUGCGGCGAGAAGGGGAGCGUGGUACCAGCGAAAAGCGUUACUGGAGGAGCAUUACAUGCAUGCCCUACAGCCGCUCCCAGGUCUCACAGACGAAGGACAGAAGAAGCACUGGAAAAACAUUGCACUGCAGACGUGUGAUGAUGGACUGCAGGAUUCUGACUGCCAUCUCAUCUACCACCAUGACCUGCAAAAGCGUAUCACGAAGCUAGAGAAAGCUCUCAAGAUUCCGAAACGUGAGCAUCAUGAUUUCGGCCACGUGAGACUGGCGAAACCGUUUGAGCGAAUGGUUCAUGGUAUUCGUAUUGAGAGGGAGCAGACGCUGUUAAGGGGUACCAAUGGCGCUAGACGGGCGAGCACGGACGGCAAUGGAGCUAGCAACAGGGGUGCCAAAACAAUAUGGCUUGAUGAACGCGAAGGUGGAGGCGAGUGCUCGGUAGAGGCUAUGUGUCUCUCAUGGUACCGCGAUCAGGGCUGGAAGGGCUACCAUUGCGAAGGUGGGAUCGUGCGCACAUUAUUCGGAUAUCUAUUUUGUGAUGUGCUGUUCACUUACAUCCCAAAUGUCUUCCAGACGCCAUAUCAAACGUGCCCGCUAGAUCUUCAUACGGAUGCAUUCUACCCCUCUCGAAUAUCGGAGAUCAACCAUCGGCUUGUGGAAAUUGCAAAUGGUGAUGCAGAGAGAAUCUUGAGAGAGGUAUACAAUGCUCAUUCUGAAAAGCAGACGUGUGUCGUGGGUUUACGGUGGGACUAUGAAUUUGAGGAUUUGUUAGAGAUUGUAAGAUGUUUCAGGGGAGAAGCGUUGGCGACGCUAUGUAAAAUCAUGGCGCAAGAAUAUCAGCAACGCGGGGGUGGAAUUCCGGAUUUGUUUCUCUGGAGAAAGCUUGACGCGGCGGAGAAGGGGGUGAUUGAGGAGCAAGGGGAGGUCAUGUUUGCGGAAGUGAAGAGCGAGAACGAUCGCUUAAGUGAUACGCAAAGGCUUUGGAUACACGUUUUGACUGGUGCUGGAAUACGAGUCGAGUUGUGUGCUGCUGUUGCGGUGGAGGUGAGGGCUGUCCGAUGA